UUUUGUCCAGUGGCAAAAUCCAGAAGGGAAAGUAGAUCUUGGGAGUCAAGUAUGGGGCAGAGUGAUGUCCAGGGUCAUGUUCAUCAAUAAGAGAUGCAACAGAAGACCGAGAAGGUUAGGGUGAAACCCAGCUGGAGGCAGAGGGCACAGUCUCACAUCUGGGGACUGGGAAAGCUUCAUAAAGUGGGUGACAACCAAAGAGAGUGAAGGAGAGUAUGUCAGGAGGACAGGAAGAGAAAGCGUUCCAGGCACAGGCUCCCGGGAGCAGCACCAGGGCAGGGGAGACAAUGGUCUCAGUGACUAUGGCCACUUCCGAGUGGAUCCAGUUCUUUAAGGAAGCCGGCAUUCCUCCGGGACCUGCUGUCAAUUACGCCGUGAUGUUCGUGGAUAAUAGGAUCCAGAAGAGCAUGCUGCUGGAUCUCAACAAAGAGAUCAUGAAUGAGCUGGGUGUGACUGUGGUGGGGGACAUCAUUGCCAUCCUCAAACAUGCCAAGGUGGUGCACCGCCAGGACAUGUGCAAAGCUGCCACUGAGUCAGUGCCCUGCAGCCCCAGCCCCCUCCCAGGCGAGAUUCGCCGAGGUGCCUCUAGUGCUGCCUCUCGAAUGAUCGCCAACAGCCUAAACCGUGAUUCCCCACCUGGCACUCCCCCCAGGCGACCAGACACCAGCACCUCCAAGAUCUCGGUCACUGUGUCCAACAAGAUGGCAGCGAAGAGUGCCAAGACUGCUGCAGCCCUGGCCCGCCGGGAGGAGGAGAGCCUGGCUGUUCCCACCAAGCGGCGCCGGGUCACUGCUGAGAUGGAGGGGAAGUACAUCAUCAACAUGCCUAAAGGUACCACCCCCCGGACCCGCAAGAUCCUGGAGCAGCAGCAAGCAGCGAAAGGUCUCCAGAGGACAUCCGUGUUUGACCGGCUCGGCGCUGAGACCAAGGCAGACACAACAACAGGGAAUAAACCCACAGGAGUCUUUAGCCGCCUGGGGGCCACCCCAGAGAUGGAUGAGGAUCUGGCUUGGGACAGCGACAAUGACAGCAGCAGCUCUGUCCUGCAGUAUGCCGGCGUUCUGAAGAAGCUGGGCCGGGGCCCAGCCAAGCCCAGUCCCCAGCCAGCACUGACUGUCAAAGCCAAGGCCACGAGCUCAGCCACAACGGCUGCCACCCCGACACUGCGGCGCCUAGCCCUUUCUUCACGCCCUGGGCUCGAGAGGAAGCCGGAGUCCCUGUCCAAAGUCAGCAUCAUCCAGAGACUGGGCAAAGCUGCCCUUGUGCCCGAGGCCCAGGACAGCCAGGUCACGAGCACCAAGAGUAAGUCCUUGGCCGAGGUCAAGGUCACCAUUAAGAGGACUCUGGUGGGGCCCCGGGGGAGCAGCUCCAGCGAGGGCCUGGGCGCCCAGAUGGACCAUGCGGGCACAGUGAGCGUGUUCAAAAGACUGGGCCGCAGGACCUUCUAGCCUCUGGGCGGGGCGCAGGCCCCUCUCCAGGCCUCUGGCUCCAGCAGAGGCUCCCGUGAGGUGUGCCCAGCCAGAUGACACUGCUUGUCUCCCUCAGGCAUUCAAGCCAGCCCAAGCUUUCUGGGGAUUCACCUCAGUUUUCCCAGUCUGAGAUGGUCGUUGUGGCUUGGCCUUGCUGCUCUGGGAUUUUCCUUUCUCAUGUCCUCUGUUCUCUCCUCUCUAUGGCCUUGGCAGGACCCACUUUUCUACCUCUCCCAGAGCCACGUGCUCGUUUCCCUCCUCUGUUCCCCUUCCUGCCCCUCAGUGGCGUCUGCUGCCUCUACCCCAGCUGCCUGGCCUCCCAGUCCCCCAGAGUCCCCCCACCUUGCCCACUUCCUGACUUCCCCUCGUCCCUCUGCCUGCCCCCCACUUUAACUUCUAUGUCUCUCCCUCUCUUCAUACUGUUUAUUUCUCUUCUGUUUUUCUGUCCCUGUGGCAAGGCCCGACUGUCCGCUGCGUCCUGCCUGACCCUCCUGCACCUCCGGCCUCCCAGCGGCCCCCUCGUCGGCGGUGGCGUCGAGCCUGUAGAGACUGUUAGCUGCCCUCACCCCCAGGCUGGAGGGACCUCCCCAGACCCUGGGCUGCAGCAGGGAACCUCUGCUUUCCUGCCCUGGGCAUCUUUCUCUCUGAAAGCUCACAGCUGGUGGUGGGCAGGGGUCCCUGGGAAGGGAGGCCGGUGCUGAGAAAGAGAGAGAGAGAGAGAGAAGAAAACAGCUGUUUUAAUAUAUUUUUGUGACUUUCAAACUGUUUCCCUCCCCUCCUUUAGGGUGAGUCACAGGGUGGUUUUUCAUACAAAGCACAAAGUAGGUGGGGGUGCCAACGAAGGGUUGGGCUCUGUUUCUGGAGGUCAGGACUCCACGGGGCCACAUCUUUGGUGCAGGCCCCAAGGAAGGGAAUGACGGUCAUGGUCACUGUGCAGUUGGACUUCCUCUUCUCUCCCCCAGCUGUAGUGGUUCUGUCACUGUGUCCUCCCCCUCUGUAUGCCUCACCUGUUUCUGCCACUCUGCCUAUUGGUGGCUUUCCAAACGGCAGGCUCCGUUGUGAGGUGGUGGGUUCCUGUUGGUUAGACCAUACACCUGUUUACUGCUGCACAGUCCCUGCUCUGUUCCAGGCUUGUUCAAAGAGCUGGGGAUCCAUUGGGAGCAAGGUAGACAAGCCCCUGCCUGCACGGCUGACCUCUGGCCAGGGAGAUGGUGGUUAAAGGGUCGUGUUGUGGGAAGAACGGGAGGGAGGAGCACAAGGGGCCCAGAGCUUCUUCAGAUGUUGGGGUAAGAAGGCCUUUCGGAGGAGGUGAGGUAAGGGCUGAGCUGGGAAUGAUGGGAAGGAUCAGAAGCGGCUAUGUGAGGUACAGGAGGAAAGUGUCAGGCAGAACACACAGCCAGGACAAAGGAACAUGAAAGCCAGGGUGGCUGGCCAGGGAGCAAGGGGCCUGCCACACAGCAUGGGCUGGGGCACGUGGCUGGGCACCAGAUGACCUGGGGCUUUGAGACCCACAACGAGGAAUUCAGACAUCUUCUGUAAGCCCUGAGAAGUUUGAGAGGGUUUAAAGCUGGCAGGUGAGGGUCUGAGUUGCCGUUUGUGAAGAUGGCUUUGGUCCUUGGAGGGGAUGAAUUGUCGGGAGGGCAGGGGUGGAGGCAGGGAGGCAGCCAUGCAGGAGCAGAGGCAGGAAAGGAAGGUGGCAUGGGGUGAAGUGUGGGGAAGGAGGGGCUUCAGAGGAGCAGCGGCAGUUGGGGUGCAGUGGCAGGGAGCAGGAUCACCUAGAGGGGAGAUUGGGGCAUCUGGCUAGAGGUGCUGUUUAUGGAGGGAGGAGCCAGGGGCAGGCAGGUGCUGGGCUGCCGGGAUUUGGAGUGGGGGGUACCUGCGCUGGAGUCCAGCAGCUUCAGGGAGCACUCGGGGGGGCUCUGUGUUCAAAGCCAAAGGCCUGGCGAUAUGAGCUGGAAAGGAGCAGAGAGACAGGAGAGGGCCCAGAAGGGAAUUGGGGGCCCUUUCCCCAUGUAGAGAACAGAGUUGAUUCGAUUAGCAGGGAGUGGCCUGGGGCUUGGGAGGCCUAAAAGCAGGUGAGGAUAAGAUUAGACUUCAUCCUUUUUCAUCUUUUUUUUUUUUUUUUAAAUUGUGGUGAAGCAUACAUACCAUUUUAGCCAUCGGUAAGGAUCCUGUUCAGUGGCAUUCAGUACAUUCCCAUUGUUGCCUAAUCACUACCACCAUCCGUCCCCAGACCUGUGUCGUCUUCUUGAGCCCAUGAUCCGUUCAUUUGUGGUUUCUGAGUCAUGUCAUGCUGGGGGGCUGCUGUGCGUCAGGUGGUAUGCCAGGCACGGGGCCUGGGGUGGGAAAGGCUGGGCUUUGGGGUGAGGGACGAUGGUAGGGCCCAGGCGAGGCGCACGGGGUACUACUUGAGGUCGGCCAUCGAGAAGGCAGCAGAUGUGGGCAGCGGUGAUUGUGGAGGCUGCCCCUUCGUGGUGGUGGCACCGCAGGCAGGAGCUCACAUGGAUCCGCACUUUCCUUGCUGCUCUUAAACUCUUGAUUUUCUUUCCCUAGUUUCCCUAGUUAUUUUCUCUGGUUCCACUUCAUGGGUAAUUUUAGCUACUGCCAGGGUUAAUAGGAAGAGUUCCGAUAACUAAAUUUAAGAGCGCUGGGUGAUUUCUUGAGUGUGUAAUGAUGUGAAAACGAGGGUAGCUCACUUACCAGGAAAGACUAACGUGCAUGAGGGAAAUCAUGUCACUGUUGCUCUUUAUGGACACCCAGAGAGGAGUAAACUGCUGAAGGUGUCACCCAUCUGGCAAGUGGUAAGUCAGGGAGCUGACCAGGAGCCUUGUCCCCCUAACUCCUACCCUGUGAAGGGUCAAUUGCAGGUUUGAAACAAAGACAUUUUGGAGAGCUGAGGACGGGGUCCUAGGAUAGUGGUUUUGGAUUUUCUAGACUUCUCUUGUGUGUACCUGUCUUCCCCUACUCCCCAAAGCAUAAAACUUGCUGUAGGAAGUGUUUAUUGCUUUGGGGUGCUGCAGGCCUUGAGAGUCCUGCCCCAUCCUUCCACUGUUUGCCAGAUGGACCGGACCAGAUACCUUGUGUGCCUCCCAGCUGCUCCAGAACCACUGUGGCCCCGCCAUUUGAUUUGGCUAUUCCCCCAAACCAGCCCCAACACACCAUAGCUGUGUGUUAUUUUUCCUCUGGUUGAAUUAAAUGUUCUUGAGCAUAAUACAUUCACAUGGUUCAAAACUGCAAAAGAUACAAAAGGCUUUAUGGUGAAAAGCUUCUUCCCAAGUCUACUGGCCUUCCAGUGCCCUCCUCAGAGGCCACCAGUAUCUCCAGUUUCUCGAGUAAUCCUCUCGGAAAUGUGUUUAUGUUUGUGUGCUUUGUGUACACACGCACCCAUACAUGCAUAUUGGCAGAGGAACAUGUAGUAACACUUGUACAAGCACACGUGCAUAUUUACUUAUUCAGUCCUUUCUAGAAGGGAAUUCAGGCUGUUUCUGGUCUCUUGCUAUUACAAGCAGUGCUGCAGUAGAUGGCCCCGUCGCAUGUGGGGUCAGCUCAGAGAUCAAUAUGAAGAAUACCAGUUCAUACCAGUUCAGUGCAAAUACUCAUAAUUGGGUCAAUAGCAAAUCUGAAUCAGGCUCUCCCCCGAGAAUGUUGACAUUCUUUGGAUGAUUUACUCAUACACUUAUUGCCCCCUUCCAAAACGGACUUAAGAGCCAUUGGACUCAUAGUUGGAGACCACCAGAAGAAGUGGGGCAGAGAAUGCUGAAAGCUGACGUGGACCACACCUUUGUGCCAGGAAGAACUACGUAAGUGCUUUGCUCAGUUGACAGACUUCCCAAGUCCUCAGGGAAAGGGCAGCAGCAUGAAGGUCAGGGACUUCCUAUUCUCAUCUCAUGAGCAGAUGUGAAAGGGAGGUGCAGUGAACCUAGGGCUCCUGCCAAAUCACAGAACCAGAUCUGAGCCAGCCCAGGUGGCUGAUUUCUGUUUGGAUGGUGGUCUUGGGAUGAGGUCACCGCCACUGGUAGCUCACACCAGCAGAUGCAAAAGCAAGAUGGGAACUUGUAAUGCCUGUAGCAGGCAGCCCCACAGUCCCUUCCUCCAGUGUCACUGCCCAGUGCCCCCCAGAUGGGCCAGGCAUUGGGCUGCGGCCACCUCAAACCCUCUUUUCCCUCCUUCAGGAAUCUGAGCUUAGUUUGAUGAGUGUUGCUCCUGUACAUCUGCCUUUGAAGGCCUGCUCUUCACCUGUACUGAACUUUACCUGCUUUGUGAACUCUGGGCCCUCUGCAGACUUCAUCAAACAGGCACAGCCGGACCCAGCUGGCAGGUGGCGGGACUGGGUUUGAUGUCAGGAAGCUGACCAGGAGUCUCGCCUUUUUACAUUUUUCUUUUUUUAAGACUUUACUUUUUAGAACAGACCUCAUUUGGUAGACGAGUUUUAGAUCUACAGAAGAAUUGAGACAUACACUUUGGACAGAGCUCCUGUAGAGUCCACAUUGAAUUUCCCCUAUUAUUAACAUCUUACAGUAGUGUGACUCAUUUGUUACAAUGAAUGAACCAAUAUUGAUUUCAUGAGUAUUAAGCAAAGCCCAUAGUUAUUCAGAUUUCCUUAGCUUCUUCCUUAGUUUUAGGACCCUUUCUGUUCCACCACGUCACAUUUGUGUUUUCCAAGGUAUGUGUUAACACAGGGGGUUGUCAAUGCCUCCUUAGGCCCCUCUUGGUUGUGGCAGUUUUUGAUGACCUUGACCGUUUUGAAGAAUAUUGGGCAGGUCUAUUAGAGAUUGUCCCUCAAUUGAGAUUUGCCUUUCUCAUCGUUAUACCAGAGUUAUGUGUUUUUCAGAGGAAGAGCUCAGAGGUAAAUUGCCAUUUUAUUACAUUGUGUCUAGGGUACAGAGUGCACACAUGAUGUAUCACUAUUUAUGUUAACCCUGAUCACUACUGUUUGCCAGGUUUCUCCACCAUCAAGUUCUUCUCCCUUUCCGUACUGAACUAUGAAAGGAAGUCACUCUGUGCAGCCCUCACCUAAGGAGCACGGGGCUUAUGCUUCACCUCCUUAGGGGCAAAGUACCGACAUGAAUUAUAAAUAAAUCUGGGAAUUCUUCUGUAA